AUGGUGCAAGUUACUUUGGUCUGUGGGAUCGUCGGUGUGCGUGAAAGUGUGUUCUCUGUGGGGAUCGACACGACGGACUGGGUGGAUCAACUCAAAGAUGCGAUCAAGGCAGCGAAACCAGCGAUGAUCCAGAGCGAUGCCCGUGACCUGCAGCUCUUCCUGGCGAGAAGAGAUGGGGUAGAUGAUGCUUGGAUGAAGAAGGAAGAGGUGCAGCAGGGCGUACUUGACACCAAGGGGUUGCGGCAACUGAACUUUGCAGCAGUGCCACUGAGCUUCAAUGGUUUAUCGGAGCGAGACGUGCAGACUGAAACCACGGAGGCAGGUCAGAAUAGUCCUGUCCACGUGCUGGUGGUGCUUCCUCCAACUCUGACGAAGCGUCAAAGCGUCCCGCUUAAUGUUCGAGGCGUCAUUAUACACGUUACUGAGAGCAUGGUACUCAAUGAUCCACCACUAGUAGCAUACUGGCACGCCCUUGCAACGUCAUCUACCGCGAUCGUAGCUGAUACUGUGGUUUCGCUACCGAAUGGGACCUACAUCCUGGGUAAUCCAGCGCUCGGCUCUGGCAUCUACAUUCGCUCUUGCUUCCAAGAGCUAUGGCUGAUGUUUUCCGGCUGUGUUCGUGUCAUUGGGAUUCUCGGCAGCCCGGGAGUAGGCAAAACGUAUUUUGCCUAUUCCAUCUUGCUGUAUCUUGCACGUCGUGGAGAGACGGUUGUCUACGAAAGUGCCGCCAUUGAGAAGUGUGUCUUGUUUUCUGGCAAUGUAGUGGUUCAAGGAACACGAGAGGAUUUCGACAGCAUCCUCAUGCAGACUGAAACGUGUUACGUAGUGGAUGGCGUUCGCCCAAAGUACUGCCCAGCAAAGACAAUUCUACUUUCGUCGUCACGCGAAUGCAUAUGGCGCACGGUUUCAGACUUUGGACGCAUGCACCGCAUGCCUGUCUGGUCGGAGGAAGAGAUUUUGAACUUUCGCGAGCUCAUGUAUUCGAAUACACCGGUGGCCAUCGUGGAAGGUUGUUACUGUCGAUGGGGUGGGAUCCCACAAGUGUCACGAAAGGCCGUAUCCGAAGGGAAAAAGCUCCCUGAAGGAUCAGGUUGUGAACACGGAUAUGCAUCCUUGGAUUCACCAACUUGCAAGCUCGCACUAGGGGGCUUCGAAUUACCUGCUGCGAAUCGAUCUGUGACGUGUCUUCAGAAAGAAGUGGAAGACGUUUCGAUGGGAGACACCCCCUUUGAAGUGAAGGCUCCAAUUCCGGAUAACCGGAAGACCUCUGAGACCGAGACAGCUGAAAAAGUGGGAGCCGAACAGCGGACCCAGCAGCUCGAGAAGGCAAAGCGCAUAAACAGAUGCUCUAGUCUCAUCGAAGAGACUUUGAUUACCGAAGGGCUGUCAAAGUCAGACGUGAGGAAGGUGUUCAAGCAGCUUGCUGCCAAGUACGACCUCCAGGUCAUCUCUAAGUACCAGGCUCCUGUAUUCGUUGUCGCGACUGGAAACCAGAGUACGAAGAAGGGCACUGGUGGCCAGCAUACUUCACAUUGGAAGGAACCUCAACAGGCGAGAGCAGCUUGGCGGAGUGACCCCGUUAUCAUCCAGCUUCAACACGAUCGCGAUGAGCUCGUAGGAAAACUCAAGAGAGUUUCCCGUGAGCCUUCUGAGGUGGAAAGCUUGCUAAAGCAGGUCGCCAGCUUCAAUCUGCAGAUCAAGGAACAGAAAAACAGGGUGCGCAAUGCUCAAAACAACUGA